AUGACUUCCCCUGCUGACGCCGAUCGACCUGAAGCUCAGAAUGACGGAAAGACAGGCCAAACAAGUACUCAGCGCCGAGAGAGCUUUGCCUCGCAGAAUUCGCAAACCGCAAAAGACUUCAUUGAAUCCCAACUACAACUCGAAGCAGAUGCGCGCGAAAUUCUCCCAUAUUCUUUCGACUCUUGUACCCAAGAUCUAGGUCCACUCCGACAGACGCUAUUCUCAUGUUUGACAUGUAACCCUCCACCCAAGAGCGAUGGCGAUCCAUACACUCCGGCCGCCGUUUGUUACUCGUGCUCGAUUUCUUGUCAUGGCGAACACACUUUAGUUGAACUUUUCAGUAAGAGAAACUUUGUGUGCGACUGUGGCACAACGCGAUUCCCCAAUACAUCUGUAUGCACCCUGCGAGUGGAUCAGAAAACCAAGACGAAGGGCGUUCAUUCUCAGCCUCCCGCGGAAGGAAACAAAUAUAAUCACAACUUUAGAAAUCGCUUUUGUGCAUGCGAUGAAGAAUACGAUCCGCACAAGGAGAAGGGAACCAUGUUCCAGUGCCUUGGCCUGGGAACAAUCGAGACGGGUGGUUGUGGAGAAGACUGGUGGCAUCCUGAAUGUCUUAUCGGACUACCGCGGGGACGACAGAACGCGCCUAUGAAGACCGAACCAACACCAAAGGAAGAUGAUGAAGCCAAGGUUGACAAGCCAACUGAGGACAAUGUGGAUGAAGAUGAGACACCCCUACCUCCAGGAUUCCCGGGCGAGGAUGAUUUUGAGACUUUCAUCUGCUACAAGUGCUUGGAUUCUAAUCCUUGGUUGAAACGCUAUGCUGGAACAGGAGGGUUCUUACCAGCAAUUUUCAAAAACAAGCCUUCUGAGAAAUUUGAAUCUACAGGCGAAAGCGACGAAGAUAAACCGCAAGACCUUACACAAUCGCGAAAACGAAAAGCGGAUGACGAGGAUGACGAAAAUCAAGAAUCAAAGAAGACCAAGGUUAAUGCGCAGGAUGGACUUGAGACAAUCCAAGAGGAACGAGCGCCCACAGAAGUACCGAAGCACAAACAUGAGUUGUUACCGUCAGAAGCCCCCUUCGGAACAUUUUCCCUGUUCCUCAAGGAAGACUUCCGUGAACACUUAUGCCAUUGUCCCGAUUGUUUUCCUCAUCUUGUCCCUCACCCGCAGCUUCGCGAAGAAGAGGAGACAUACGAGCCGCCACUAUCUGAAGACGGCGAUGACGGGGUCAACGGUGCAGGUAGCCAGGGAACAAAGAGUUUGUUAGAUCGCGGCGAAGCAGCACUCAGCAAUAUUGAUCGCGUGAGAGCCAUCGAGGGUGCUAUGGUAUACAAUCACUUGCGGGACAAGGUCAAAGCUUUCCUCAAACCUUUUGCUGAGAGCGGUCAGGCUGUAAGCGCAGAAGAUAUCAAGUCUUACUUUGAGAAACUGCGUGGAGAUGAUAUGGCUAUUCGCGAGGCUGGUGGUCAGGCCUCCGCUUUUAACAGUAAUGGAGGAAGCGGACGUGAUAAUGAUCAGGAAGGGAGCGGUGCUAAUCGGAAGGAACAGAGUGGCUAUUGA